AUGGAUAAUCAAUCAAAUGAUAAUAAAAUCGAAUCAUUAUAUUCAUUUCAUACAAAAGAAAAUGAUACCGUUGAAUUAUUUAAUGAAUUACUUCCAUGGACAUUUAAUUGUCGAACAUUAAUUGAUGCAGCACGUAAUGGUCAAACAGCUGAAUGUGAAGAUUUAAUUCGACUUGGUGUUGAUAUUAAUGAAUGUGAUAAUUAUGGUAAUACAGCUGUUUGGACAUCUUAUUUUCAUGAACAUCUUGAUACAUUAUUUACAUUAUUACAGCUUGGUGCUGAUCCAAAUACACGUUCUGGUGAUAUUUUAUGUUCAGAUCUUCAUCGUGCAUGUUCAUUUGGUGAUCAAACAUUAACUGAAAUAUUAAUUGAAUGUGGUGGUUAUGUUAAUAUAUCAGAUCGUAAUGGUAAAACACCCUUAAUCUAUGCACUUGAAUAUCCUUCAUCAAAUUCUGUAUUUGAUUUAAUUUCAUAUUUAAUUGAACAUGGUGCACAUAUCAAUUUUAAAGAUCAAAAUGGAUUAACACCAUUACAUUAUGCAUGUUAUCGUGGUGAUUAUGAAACAAUUAAAUUAUUAAUUGAUCAUAAAGCUGAUAUAUCAAUAGAAAAUGCUAUUGGUUAUAAUAUUCUUCGUUAUGCUCUAUCAUGUUUAUUUUAUACAUCACCAUCACAAUAUAUACAAUAUGAAAAUCGUUUAAAAAUAAUUGAUUUAUUAAUUAAUCAAUAUAAAAUUGAUUCAUCAUUAUAUGAUGCAAUAAUUGGAAAUAAUAAUGAACAAAUACAUAUUUUUCCUUUAUUUGAUUUUAUUUUUUAUUCAUUAAUAAAAAAACGAUAUGAUUUAGAAAAAUUUGCAUGGAAUAUAUUUCUAAAUAUUAAUUUAACAAAUAAAAUUUUAAAUAAUAUACAAAUAAUUAUUCAAAAUACAUUUAUUUAUAGUUAUUAUUUUUCACAUAUUAUUUAUUUAUGUCAACGUUUUAAAAUUGAAAAUUUUUUAUCACUUUUAAUAUAUUAUAUUGAACAUAUAACAUAUGAUAAUAAACCUAAUCGAUUUUAUUUACUUUUAUAUAUUAUUUAUAUUGAUAAUGGUUUAAAAUUAUUUCAAUUAAUAAAUAAUUAUUUUAAUAAAUCAUUAUUUUAUACUCGUCAAUAUAUAUUAGAAAAUUUUUUAAAUAAAUGUCAAGAAAAACCUGAAAAAUUAAAAUUUUAUUGUCGUCGUUAUAUACGUACUGUACUUUCAAUUAGUAUUCAUUGUAAAUUAGAAAAAUUAGAUUUAAAUAAUUAUUUAAAAAAUUAUAUUCUUAUUGAUGAACUUAAUUUUAUAUCAAUUUCUUAA